AUGGACCGCCCGGAGCCUGGGCUCAUCAAAUGGUCGCAAAUCCCCGGCUACGAUAGCUUCAUCCACAUCAACCUACAGCACCGCGUUGUCCAGCUGUACGAGCCCAACGGCCUUGCACAGCGGAGCAAGUUCGACUAUGAACGGCUAUCAAAGCACGAUGACUUCCCGACCCUGACCACGUAUGACUGGUCUCCCACGGUUCCAGGCCUGCUGGCCGUGGGAACUCAGACGGGUGUGGUGAACCUGCUGAGGAUGGACGACAACUCGAACGCCUAUAUCGAGCUGGGCCUUAAGAUGACAAGAACGUGCCAGGCGGUCGCGUUUAACACCGAGGGUCUGCUUGCGGUCGGUUUGGAUCGUGUGCGCAUGGAUCAGUGCCUACACAUAUGGGACGUCAACCGCUUGUCGUCGAUGGACAAGUCUGCCAAGGGAUUCUCCAAGGAUAUGCACUCUUUCACGGAUCCUGCGUACAGGUUGGAGCCUAGUGUAUCUGUGUCAAGUGUCAAGUUCUUCGAGGACAACCCAAAGACGUUGGUCGUUGGUAUAAAGGCUCAAGGACUACGUAUCCACGAUCUGCGAGAACCGAACAUUGGUGUCGUCACGUUUCAAACCAAAUGCAACAACAACUUGGCGAUCGACUACGCUGACCAAAACUACUUUGCUUCGUCAGCGCUGGAUCAGCCAGGCAUCAUGAUCUGGGACCGUCGGGCAACAUCCCGCCCAGUUGCUUCGCACUCUUAUCUUGGAGCAGUGGAUGAGGACGAGCUUCCGUGGGGUGGUGCCCUCAGGCUUGACAGGGUCGUCGACUCCGACGAUGACCCAUCACUGAGCGAAAGCAAGCACUCGAUCGUUCGCUCUUUGCGCUACUGUAGAGACCACCGCGGUCUUUUGGCUGUGUUGUCGCGCACUGGGCAGUUGAAGGUCUUGAAGACAAACAAGGAGCUCACACCUCCCGACAUGUCUCUCGAGGGAAGCCCGGAGCUUUUGGAGGUCCACAAGUCUUACGACAUGGAUGUCCAGUAUGGUGAUAGCGGGAAGAAGAACGACCGGAUCGUCUCAUUCGAUUGGGUCACUCUGGACUCGGCUGUACUACAACCUCGAUUGGUUGUCUUGCGCGCCAACGGAACGUUUGAGAUUCUUGAGCAACCAUCGUAUACGUCCGACUACUUGUAUAAGCUAACGCCAUGGCAGCCGCCUCAUCGCGGUCUCGAGGAGAGCAGCCCAUAUCACAACAUCAUGGAGUUUGAGCCAUCACAAUCCUCGGAUAUGCUAGGUCCAUUAUUCGUCGAAGAGGCCCUUUCAGAUAUAGCUAUUUUUGGACCAGAUAAAGUCGAUGUCCAGACUAUUGUCGACAAGACGCUACAGGCCAGAUUCUCCGCGGCAGACCUCAACAGAAGCAAUGAACGGUCCCCGUCUGCUCUUGACAAGUCCAAGACUGUGGCGGAAAGGAUGCGCGCGUUGCGCUCUGAUUUGAAAGAGAGGGCGAAAGAGUUGGAAAUGAACGGGGCGGAGUGCUCGAAUCUGGAAGAGUCGAUAAGCUCCCUGGCUCAGCUGUCUCUCCAUUACGACGGGCCUGUGUCUUGCCGCCACAUGCAUGAGUCGCUACUUUCUCUGACCCUCAAAGCCCAAAACCUAUCUACGGAGUCGCAGUGUCUCCUAGACCAUGUCAUGCUUUUGCGCGCAAAGGAGAAGUACUUAUUUGACUGCAAUGUCAACCGGGCAGUGGUUGCCGAUGACCCCUGGCUGCGAUACCUGUGGGAUUGGAUUGCAGGCAAGUUGUUACGCCAGAAGCCAUCAUCGAGGUUACCUGAGGCAUCGCCGAUGCCCGAGACAACGCUUUGGGAGAAGACGAUUGGCAGCAUCUGCAAGAGACGAAAACUACCAAAAUACGAGGGUACUCAAACCAAGAAGCCAUUUCACAGGCAGUUAUGCUUGGAUAUUUGCGGAUGGGGAGAUAAUGCAGCACACGAGGCGAGGGGGGCUACGCACGACCCCGGCGAGGACUAUCCCACGACGGCUCACACCAUGGCGGCGGCUCGAGCUCUCUUCAAAGGGGAAACCCAAGAGGCGAUUCGAAUACUGAAGACGGCCAGUGUGACGCAUCCAGAACUUCUCUUCGUGUCGCUCGCGCUGCAGCUCAUCGGGAGGAGCAAUAACAAGCUCAGCAAAGAACAGCUGGACUUUGACGAAGCCGUUGCGUCAAAGACGGAUCCGUACCUCAGGGCAAUCUCGUCGCUGAUUGCUACAGGGGACUGGUUUGCCAUUGCGAAUCAAAAGUCGCUGCCUCUAUCGGACCGCGCAUACGUGGCCGUCAGGAACUUUGACGACGAACAACUCACCAAAUGGCUGCAUGAACAAGUUUCGAUGGCAGUGGAUACCGGAGACGUCGAAGGGAUCGUUCUCACGGGUAUCACGGACCGGCUGGUGGAUAUCUUCGCCAAGUACGUCCAGAAGUUCAACGACUUCCAGACGGCCACGCUGGUCAUGUCAAUAUGCGCGCCGCGAUACAUUGACGACUACCGGUGCCUGGCGUGGCGCAAUGCAUACAGAGCAUACCUCCAGCGUCACAAGGCAUUCCUGCAACGAACCAAAUUCGAGGUUGAAAGCACAAAGAAGAGCAAACGUGGGGGACGUCCGACAAUCAAGCCGCCGUCACGGCAGAUUGCGCUUCGGUGCGUCUACUGUGACGCGGAGACGACUCUCGCAGGGCAAGGGGGGCCUGGCGCGGGACCACCUCCCGGAGCACCCGACUCGCGGAACCCGCUCAUGGCGACGAGCAUCAAUGCGGGAAUCAGCUGUCCCAACUGCGGGCGUCACCUCCCGCGAUGCGUCGUGUGCCUGGAGGUGGUUGGCGUUCCGAGAUCUGACCGGCCGGAGCUCAACGGCGAGCCGGAGAGUUGGAUGGCGGCCAACUUCCCGACGUUCUGCCUCAAGUGCGAGCAUGUGCUUCACCUGGACCACGCCAGACAGUGGUUCACGAGACACGUCGAGUGCCCUGUGCCCGAGUGUCGCUGCCGAUGCAACUUUCGAGCCAACCCGGAGCUUUCGUAUCAUUAA